CAAAGUGUACAGCUGCAAUUUCAAAAAUAUUCAAAUGAACAAAAUCAAGCAAAUUGUUCCAUUCAUAAAUCCAUUCAUUUAUUGUGUACCAAUUUCAUAUGGCAUCGUUAAAUCAUUAGAUUCUUUGAUUGGUGUGGACAGCAUUCUUCAAAUAGGAUGGAAUAAAGUCAGAGAAACUUUGGGAGAUAACAAGGCAUACUACAAUGUUGGACUUUUGUUCUUUUAUAAUUUUGGUUUCUAUUAUCUACAAACAUUAAUUUUCUAUCUAGUUGUGAAGUACAAAAGGCAAAAUGUUGUUAAAAAUUUGAAGCUUCAAGCAAAAGACAGUGAAAUUGAAACACCAGAAAAUACCAAAAAGGUAAUGUUGAAUGUUCUGCGUAAUCAAUUGGUGACAUUGGGAAUUUUGGGAGCUGCUUACAUCUAUGACAAUGAUUUUGCUAGAGCAAGACGUGAUCCUGAACUUCCAAGUUUAUUUGAAGUGAUGCGACAUUUAAUAUGCUGUAUGUUCAUCCACGAAUUUGGAUUUUAUUAUAGCCAUCGAUUAUUGCACACAAAAUGGUUUUGGCGGUUCCAUAAGCAGCAUCAUGAAUUUAAAACUCCAACAUUUUUAAUUUCGCAGUACUCAAGUGUCUUUGAGUUUGUUGUUUCUGGUUUCAUACCUAUAACAAUUGGAAUUGGAAUGUUAAGAAUGCAUAUAGCUACUGCAUUGUUAUGGCUGUCAGUUGUAUCAGUUACACUUACAUUUGGCCACAUGGGAUACCACUUACCAUUCCUCCACACACCACAAAUGCAUGAUAAUCAUCACUUAAAAUCCAAUGUCAACUUUUCUGUAUAUUGUAUUGCUGAUAUUUUGCAUGGCACUUGGCAGAACUCGAAAAAUGUUGAAGAUUAUGAGAAAAGCAGCAAUUGGGUUCCAUAUGCAAGAAUAAAAGAUAAUAAGCAAGGAUAAUGAGAUUUUUAUGUUUUGUAUGAAUAAAUAUGGA